AUGCCAAUCCAAGAUAUCCUCAGCAAGAUCAAACCCUCCCGAGGGGCGGCUAUGCCAAUCCAAGAGAUCCUCAGCAAGAUCAAAUCCUCCCGAGGGGCGGCUAUGCCAAUCCAAGAUAUCCUCAGCAAGAUCAAACCCUCCCGAGGGGCGGCUAUGCCAAUCCAAGAGAUCCUCAGCAAGAUCAAAUCCUCCCGAGGGGCGGCUAUGCCAAUCCAAGAUAUCCUCAGCAAGAUCAAAUCCUCCCGAGGGGCGGCUAUGCCAAUCCAAGAUAUCCUCAAUAAGAUCAGAUCCUCCCGAGGGGCGGCUAUGCCAAUCCAAAGAUAUCCUCA